GUUCAAGAUGGGGAACCAUUAGGAAGUACGAUGGAAACUAAACAUGGUGAGGAUCCUACAAAUGUACAAAGUAUUGAAAAAAUUGUAGUUGAUGAUAAUGAACAUUUGGAUGGAAGACCUACUGAUGAAGAAAUAAAGGAAACAAUUGAUGAUGGAAAGGAUUGUGGGACAAUUGUUAUUUCAGAAGGAUCCAUGACCGAAAUAGUCAAUGAUAGUGAGCCAUCCGGAGCUCAGAAAGAGAAGAACAUUGAUGAAGAAAAAGAAACAUUAAUUGAAAAGGAAUUACUGAAGGAAGAUGAGUCUAUGUCUGAUAACAUCAGCCCUGAUUCGCCAGUAGUAGAUGAGACUGAUGUUGGAAGAAAUUAA